GGCGGGGACCGAAAGGAUCUCACUUUGAUUUGUUGGGAGAUUGGUGUCGACUGACCAGAAAAAAAGUAAAUUCGAACCAUCAUGAAGACGUCCAGCACUUUGCUUCUCGGAUUCGUGCUCUUGAUUUUAUUAUGCAUGAUCUCGAUAAUCAUGCAAUCCAUCCACUUGAUGGAGCACCAUGACGUACAUGUCACGUCAGAAGAAAGCAUCGGAAACAUCCCCAUCGAUGCCAUGGUCAGCAUCGGGACCGAACCUCUCGAACACGAGAAGAUGUUUGAGGAUACCCUGAAGGAUUGCAUGCCGUUCGUAUUUGAAGACGGCGAUCGGAAGAAGAACAAGAAAGAAUGCAAAACCUUUGUCCCCGAGGGGUCGAAAGAAAGAAUAGGAGUAUUGGCACCACCCGGGAAGAUGACAUCGGCCCUGGUCAAAUUCAUCAAUAUCGUUCUGGCGAAAGCAAAGAAAGAAGGUGGCGACGAAAUUGCUGCGACAGGGGCCGAGGUCAUUUCCACUACGCACAUGGCACCGUACGGCUACGGGAAAACCCAUGGUCUCACAAGAAUGAUUCGCGUCGUGCCCCAGCCCUUGCUGCUUGGAACCACGGAUACGCUGAAAGCGGCAGUCCAAUCCUCACCUACACCAAUGUCUCUAAACGACAUCACGAUAAACGAUCUCAAGGCCGCCCUGCGACAACAAAUCCGCUACCACUGUCGAUUGAACCACAUUGCUGCCCACACGGCCAUGUGGACGAUAGGAGUGGAAGAUUUCGCAGAGAUAGGAAGGGAGGUGUUGGUGGAAACCGCCCAGGAGUUCUUCRGUUUGGAUAUGGAUCAGGAUGAUCUGCUCAAUCUUGUUAUCAAUGAGUACGACAAACUCGGUGACGACGACGACGAAAACCAAGGUGUGGUAGAAAAAGACGACGACGACAACUCCUUAGCGCAACUCAACUACAUGUAUGCAGAUGGAGCAAAGCUAAUGGGUCUUAUGCAGACGAAAGCGAAAUCGGAAGUUAGGAAAGCUAAGGCAAAAGAGAAGACUAAUGACAUAUUGAAGAUGCUCGACGAUGUGUUGCUGGACGAAAUGAAAAUUUCCAACAAUCUUACGAAUUGGCCCUGCGAAUCGUUUUGGACUGUUGGCGAACCAGACAACCGAUUGGAAUUGAGUCCUAUCAUCCGCAGCAUAUCGGCGGCUAUGAGUCCGAAUUGUACAGCUCCUUACACGACUUGUUUCGUCAAAAAAGACAAAUGCGAAGCGAAAGGUGAUGGCGUGUGCAACUAAUGAUUCGAUACGAGUUGUCAUCUGCAGUGGCUCAGCGAGAAUGACUUCCACGAC